GUCACACCUACUCACAUAUAUCUACUAUCAAUUUAUUAGCUCGUAACUCGCACAAACGGUACGAGUCUGAUCAAAACAAAAAACCGAACGAAAUCAGACCAACAAACUACACCAAUUAUGACGACACCUCAACAAACCUACCAAGUGGUCAGCUAUCUAUGGCUGACUCUGUUGAUCUCAGCCGGUUCCACAGGUAAAGUGGUCAAUACCGGCACCCAACGAUUUGCCAUGGAACCUCAGGACCAAACGGCGAUUGUUGGAUCCAAAGUAACGCUACCCUGCCGAGUGGAAUCCAAAAUUGGUCAACUGCAGUGGACCAAGGAUGACUUUGGCUUGGGAUGGCAUCGGAACCUGAGUGGUUUUGAUCGCUAUUCGAUGAUCGGUAGCGACGAGGAAGGCGACUAUUCACUGGAAAUCUAUCCAGUGAUGCUCGACGAUGAAGCGCGAUACCAGUGCCAAGUCAGUCCCGGUAAAGAUGGAACACCUGGUAUGCGAUCGCGUUUCGCAACCAUAACCGUGUUAGUGCCUCCGGAGCCGCCAAAAAUCAUACAAGGUGAUUUUCUCGUAACGACUGAAGACCGUGAAAUCGAGCUCGAAUGCGUUUCAGUCGGGGGAAAACCAGCUGCUGAGAUAACCUGGAUCGACGGUCAUGGUAAUGUCAUAUCCUCUGGCAUCGAAUAUGUCAAAGAACCCCUAACUGACACUGGUCGCUACACGGCUAAAUCGAUUCUGAAGCUGACACCAAAGAAGGAACAUCACAACACAUCCUUCACUUGUCAAGCUCAGAAUACAGCUGAUCGGACAUACCGUUCGGUUAAACUGAAGCUAGAAGUCAAGUACGCUCCCAAGGUCAGUGUCUCAGUAAUUGGAGGAGCCCUAGCCGGUGGUAGAAUCCCCGAAGGAGCCGAGGUGCGAUUGUCAUGUCAUGCAGAUGCCAAUCCGAAUGACGUCAGCUACAAGUGGUACAUUGCUGAUGAGCCAGCUCCAGGUGACUACACCACCGAAAUGAUCAUUCACAACGUAUCCAAAAAGUUCCACGACGCUGUUAUUAAGUGUGAGGUGCACAAUGCCGUCGGAAAAAGCGAGGAAAGCGAAAUCCUUGACAUCAGCUACGGUCCCACCUUCCGGUCCCGACCGAAAUCGAUAGAAGCCGAUGCGGAUCGACCGGUUACCUUAACGUGUGACGUUGAUGGUAAUCCUCAGCCGGAGAUCAUUUGGAUUCAGGAGGAAUCGAACCGAGUGGUAUCCACGUCAGCCAAUAUAACGAUCAUAGCUUCACGGGAAACGGCCGGCAACUACUACUGCAAAGCCAGUGUUAUGGGAUUCCCGGAAAUCGAGUCGAUGGCGUCCCUUUAUCUCAAAGGAGCUCCUCGAAUCAGAUCUCAACGGCACCAAUAUGGAGUGGUGAACGAUAAUUCCCAGAUUCAGUGCGAAGCGCUCUCCGUUCCCAAAGCGAAGCACGUCAUCUGGACUUACAAUGGACUGGAAAUCAACAACGAAAAUGACUACACAAUCCUGGAAAACCAUCAACCCGAAGGCGUUCGAUCUACGCUCAUCAUCAACAACAGCCAAAAGCAACACUUUGGUGUGUACAACUGCACUGUGAUCAACGAGUACGGAAUGGACUCGAUCGAAAUCCAGUUCAAAGUUUCAAAAGAAACCAUAUUUCUUCCGCUAAUCAUCUUUGGUUCCAUCGGAGGAUUAAUUGUAGUCACCGUCAUGAUCAUCAUUGCGAUGUGUUUUUGUGUGAAAAAGAGCAAGAAGAAGCUUCCUCCAGCUGAUGUCAUUCCAGAGCAACAUUACAUCACCGAGAAAGCAUGCAAGGAAAGUGACCGCUCGUCAAAUGUAAGUGAUCUGAAGAUCGAUCGUGAUCAUGAAUAUUCGGAAACAUGUUCCGGAACCGACAGUAUUGCGACGCGAUUGGCAAUGAACAUCCUAGGUUCGUCGAGUGGGAGCAACAAUAGUGGUAGCGGUCAUGCAGGAACAGGUAUGGGGGGAGGCGUCCCACUGGCAGGCCCAGUACGAAUUCCCAAUGAUUAUCGAUAUUCGGGAGAUUUCACCGACGGGCUCGGACCGUUGCAGUCGAAAAUUGGGCAAAGUAAUGGCGGCUAUGUGCCGUACGUUGACUACGCUCACGACUACAACAUGCCACUUCACGUACACACGAAUGGUCAGCUGCCUAAUGGAAACAUGAGCCUGACGAGGCAUCGGGAACUCAGACAAGAUAAUGGGCUUCCGAGUAUUGGAAGCGGCAUGGGAUCGCUGUCCAAUAGUCUUAUGAACACCUCACUCAUGACGGCUCCGAGCAUAGAUCCUCGGUACAGUGCCACUUACGGUAAUCCGUACUUGCGCAGUAGCACUGCUCAGCUGCCGCCACUGCCACCACCAAGCACUGCGAAUCCGGCGGUAACUCCAGCACCUCCUCCUUACAGUGCUGGUCGUGGCCAAAAUUCUCUGCUCUCAAUGGGGGUGAAUUUGGGCGUCGGCAAUGGUCUCAACAGUGGAAGUAUCGUCGGGAUCACCUCUGGCCUAACGAGUCCUGAAUCGGUACGAUCAUCGUCCGGUGCUAACACCAGUAUGGACCAAACGUCCCAACAGAGUCAGCCAACGCCCACACUGCCAACGUCUGGAACGAGUCCCGGACCUGGCCAGUUUAUUCUACCAGCGAAUGGAGAUCUGCGGAAAGGCGCCCUGGCAACACACGUCUAGCGUAAGCGUCUAGAUAUUCACCUGUUACUCACUGCCCCCUGUGUAUAAAUGUUUGUGAGCAGCUUCUAUUCCUUACCCAACUAGUGAUAGUUUUGGAUGGAUGGGAGGUUCUAGGCUUUAAUUGUGAUAAUAUCUUGAAGGUAUGCUAGAUAAAACGUACACUUUUCUUAAGUGUGACCGCGCUCCAACUGAAAACGAACUGGAACGAAAAUUCAGACGUUUGCAUAAAUGCAUAAGAUUUCAGUUGAAUUUGUAUGACAUUGUUAUUAUGCAUAAAAAUUAACACAUUAAUGUUUCUUAGAACUGGUAACAAUACCAGCAAAACUUUUCUUAACAUCUUUUUAUUUGCAAAAUCAUUCAAUGCCUCUAAAAGAAUAAUGUUUUCAUCAUUUUGCCACCCAAGUUAUAGUUUAUUUCUUUCAUCUUUCCGAAUUUACAGAAUCAAAUAUUAUUCAAGACCAAAGUUUCUAAUCUAGUAAAAGGUUACAUCGAAAAUGUGCCGCUAAUGCAGACCAGUAUUGAUUUACUUUUCGUUCGCUGGAAGGGAAACCUAGAACCCAAUCUCAUCUUUCCAGAAACAUGCUCCAAACAAAAAAAAAACAAAAAAAGGAUCUCCUCAUGUUGUACUCUUACGUCCCGUCCCACCACCCAGAACCUUCCCGCCCCACUACCCUUACCAAGUACUUGUAAAUGUGUGUGUUCAGUAGCGCAUAUCUUCUUCCGCCGUCGCCUUCGCCAUCGGAUUCGCUGCCAGUCGCUCCAUCAAACCCUACAAACUUCGUCUUCUUCUUCGUUUCCCGUAGAGAAGAUGAGAAAACAUGCGUGGCCUUAUUAGUCGAGAAACAAAACAACAGUUCAGAAACCGAAAACGAAUAAAAUCAGAUGCAUAAGAGGAACAGUAUUCGACAGAGUGUUUUUCUUGAACUUGUUCUUAGCAAAGUCUAUUAUAAUCUAAAAUUCGAAAUUUUAUCGUAGCUUAACGAAAAUUCGGCUUGAGCUUUAAAACUUUUUAGCAGAAACAAAGAAACGAAACUGUGUAUAUCGCUGUAAUAUUGAAAAUCGAAUUAUAAAAUCUGAUACACUUUUAUUUAGAGAAACGGUUGAAAUUUUUGCGUAGCACAAACAAAAGAAAAAGAAAACAGCAAGGCGUGCAUUUUGAAAUUGUUACUAAAUAGUGAAGUUAUUUUACCGAUAACCAGUAAAGGGAAAACAAGUUGCAUUUGUGGUUUGAGCUUUUAAAGGUCUUUCUGAAGCGAAAAAUUGAAACAGUUCUAGCGAGGUAAAAAAAAAGUUUUCACUAUUAGAAAGAUACUCCUCAGAAAAAAGCAGAAGUUGAGAUAAGAUGUAGAAACAAGAUUUCAUAUACGUAUUAAGUUUUUGCCAAUUCCCCUCCCUCCCUUUUAACAACGCAAGCUACACCGAAUGAUCCUUUUUAACGAAAUAGUGCUCUCGCUCUUGGAAAUGCCAACGCACCCGACAGACAGACAGAUACAGUAAAAGGAUGCCUCUGGAGAAAAAAAAUAACGUUAAAGCAAAGGAACACUUGUCUCCCUCUUAAUAGAACAGAGCAUCGCUCAGGUACAAUGCAAUCUGGCUGUCGUCUGUUUUUCCUCUCACAGGACAGGGGAGGAAAAUUAAGAUAGAAACUUGACAGUCAUUGCAUUUAAUGUGAAGCAGAAAAUCGGACGAAAUUGGAGCUAGCAUUACAAAGAUGAUUGAGCAUUAGACAAAGUAAAACGUACUCCUGGAUUGCGAGUGUGUAAUAUACCAAAUUAUUUUUUUUUUAUUAUCGUUUAAGUUUUAGCAAAACAACAGAAAGGAAAAUUUUAAGAGAUAUUAUCGAUUAAGAGCAAAGAUCCCCCUUGACUGAUAAGUAGUUAUUCUUUAAAGAUAUAUAUACAUAGCUAGAGGUUUAAGUACUUAGUUAAAAUAUUAUACAGUUUUUACUGAAACAGGUACGAAGGUGAAAACGAUGCAAAGUGAAUAUAUCAAAUUGUAUAUCGAACUUUAUGGAAUUGUAAAUAAUGAAAUUUUAAAGUGAAAAGAGUCGCAGACAAACGAAAUAAAUGCAAAUAUUAUAUAGAAAUCUGAGAUACUUUUUAGAUAGUGCAGGUAAACGAAUCUUUGUAAAAAUGAAGAUAUAUUUCAUUAGACUUGUCAAUUGUAUAUAACUGAACAGAAAUCUCUCUAUAGGCCAUAAGAUUUGAAGUCAAUUGAUUCUCAAAAUAGAUAAAAGAAAAUAAAUGAAAAGCUGAUUUUGACGAAAAA